UAAUAAUUUCUUUAAAGAAAUUAAAGGGUAGCUAGCUAGCUAGCUAGUUAUGGCUAUAGAGAUUGAGCAACCUUCAGUAGGGUUAUCAAAAGUUGCAGUGUCUGAAACUCAUGGAGAGGACUCCCCAUAUUUUGCAGGAUGGAAAGCAUAUGAUGAAAACCCUUACCAUGAAUCCAACAACCCCUCUGGAGUCAUACAGAUGGGAUUGGCAGAAAAUCAAGUUUCUUUUGAUUUGCUGGAAGAGUACUUGGAAAAGCAUUCAGAAGCUAACUUGGGCAAUAAAAUAUCUAACUUCAGAGAGAAUGCUUUGUUUCAAGAUUAUCAUGGACUAGUAUCUUUUAGAAAGGCAAUGGCAAGUUUUAUGGAACAAAUAAGAGGGGGAAGAGCAAAAUUCAACCCGGACAGAGUGGUUAUAACAGCAGGCGCCACCGCUGCUAAUGAGCUAUUAACCUUCAUCUUAGCAGAUCCUGGCGAUGCUUUACUAGUUCCAACUCCUUACUAUCCAGGAUUUGACAGAGAUUUGAGGUGGAGGACAGGCGUAAAAAUCGUGCCGGUGCACUGUGACAGUUCCAACAAUUUUCAGAUCACUCCACAAGCUUUAGAGGCUGCAUAUAAGAGUGCACAAUCCAUGAACAUAAAAGUGAGAGGACUACUCAUCACCAACCCAUCAAACCCAUUAGGCGCCACGAUUCAACGCUCAAUCCUGGAGCAAAUUCUUGACUUCGCCACACGAAAAAACAUCCAUCUCGUGUCCGAUGAAAUCUACUCAGGAUCUGUAUUCUCCUCAUCAGAAUUUGUCAGCAUUGCAGAAAUUCUCCAAUCUCGGAAUUAUAAAGAUUCCGAACGUGUUCACAUUGUUUAUAGUCUCUCGAAAGACCUCGGCCUACCAGGGUUUAGAGUUGGCACAAUAUAUUCAUACAAUGACAAGGUCGUGACGACAGCGAGAAGGAUGUCUAGCUUCACCUUAAUUUCGUCGCAAACACAGCAGCUCUUGGCUUCCAUGUUAUCUGAUGAGGAGUUUACGGAGAAUUAUAUUAGGACGAAUCGAGAGAGGCUGAGGAAGAGGUACGAUAUGAUCAUUGAUGGGUUGAGAAAAGCAGGGAUAGAGUGUUUGAAAGGGAAUGCAGGGUUGUUUUGUUGGAUGAAUUUGAGUCCAUUUUUGGAGGAAGCAACAAGAGAGUGUGAAUUGAGUCUUUGGAACUCAAUUGUGCAACAAGUGAAGCUAAAUAUAUCACCAGGCUCUUCUUGUCAUUGUUCUGAGCCAGGUUGGUUCAGGGUGUGUUUUGCUAACAUGAGUGAGCAGACACUCCAAGUUGCACUCAAGAGAAUACAUGAUUUCAUGGAACAGAGAAGAAUGAAUUGA